AUGUCGUCCUUUCUCAUCCCAAGCACAAACCCAGGCCUAUCGGCCCGCGUCCAGGACUGGCUCAGCAGCGGAACGUCUCUUAUCCGCAAUCGCAACAACAGCAAGAUCAUCAUCACCUCCUCGAUCCUAGCCGUCCUCUCUGCCACCGUAGCACCGGCGAUAUACCGCGACUAUCGCGAUUUCAUCAGCCUGGGGCCAGGCGGCGUCCCGCACAAUGUGAUCGGGUGGCUUGGCGUGUCGCUGGUGCUGUGCCCGUUGGGGCGGGAGAUGUUCAGCACGGAGGUGUAUGAUCGCAAUCCAGAUAAAAGGAGCUUCUUGUCUGAGGCAGAUGUCCCUCGCCGCGAGGGGAGGAGGCCUGUUGUUGGUAGGCAUGUGGUGCCUCAGAGGCAGAUGGAUCAGAUUCCGGGAGCAGAGAUUAAGGAGAAACUCACUGCCGCCUUCACAUCUCUCUACCAGCAAAAUCAGCAUCUAGUCAAGCUCUCCACUUCGCUGCAUGAAAGCAACACCGAGGCACUCUUCCUCGCCGACGGUGUCCGCGGCAAUGAACCCGUUGCGACAGACAUGCUCCGCGAAAUCUCGCACAUCCAUGGGACGGGUGACUACUCGGUGCAUGUGACGCUGCCGCCGCAGGAUUGCAAAAAAGUCAUCCAGGCAGGCUGGGCCCAGCGACAUGCCUUCUCCGGGAACACCAUCUUCAAGCGCCUGGGCGUGAAACGUCUGCGUCUGCCGGCAGAAUACGUCCUCAUCUACGCGCCCCGCAACGAGGAGGAGCUGAAGACUGUCAUGAAGUUUGUCCGUGCCAGUGUGGCGUACCUGGCAGGGGUAGCGGUUGAGGAGGUAUAUUUCGUUGACUAUAAGGUAUAUGGCGAAUAUGGUGGACUACUUAGUAUAUUGUAUUGUAUUAUUAGCUAUGGCCAGCAGAAUGAUGAGUUACUUCUCCUCUCGUUUUAUUUACAACAAACAUGGUUUGCAGAAUAUGCUAAUAGGUAUGCUACCUACCUCAUGGAUCCUUUCUUGAUCAAAUAG